GGGGACCUAAAGUUAGAUGGAUGUUAGCACUUCUCAAUACCUAAAUAAAUUACUUGCAAGGCUUAAAUAAAAAUUAAGAACUUGAAGAACGUUGAAAAAAGUGACGAAGGGUUACAACACUCAAUUCUUCUCUUAAUGCUAGUUACAAGUUACAAGCUACUAUAUCCCAUGACACCCGAAUCUUUCCCUUUCACACAACAACAAGUUCCAAUUGAUACCUACUAUCCAUAGAUGCACCGAUAGCAUUUACGUCGAUUUGACGCGGGCUUACGACCCAAGCCGUCUGGUCUACUUCGUAACUAAUUCGUACGUACUACAUACAGUGGUCAACACACCGACUCGAAAAGAGACCAUGACCGACAGCAUCGAUUCAAUCGUCAAGGGCGCCCCUCAGCCUGGCCAAAAUGUCAGAUCCCCUCCCAUAGGAACGAGCCCCAUCGGCGUAGAGAAACCUGGCGAUCCUUUAAAACAUACUCCGAGUUCACCGUCCAUGAUCUACCUCAAUAUGCUGAUUCUCGAAGCCUCGCUACGUUCCCAAUAUCUCGAACUCCGAGCUCGACGGCGUAAGCAUACCUUCUUCCUAAGCCUACUGUGUCUUUGGCUGGCCGGGUUCGGAUAUGCACUCUUCUUCGCACCACGGGAAGAUGGCAGUGGUGUUGGCGGAUCAGUAUACUGGGUUGUUGACAUGACCGAGAAGGUAUGCUUCAUCAGUGGGAUCUUUACAGGCAUAUUAGUAUGGGCAACCGGCAUAUGGGAGCGAGGUAUCAGAUGGCCGCGGCGUUGGUUCAGCAUCUGCAACCGAGGUUUACGGGGCUUCAACUGCAAAUUAGUUGUCAUUAAAAGAUCAUGGUGGGUUGAGCUCAUGUCGCUUCUCGGUUUCUUCUUCACGUACGGCGCAUUUUCUAGCAGGGCUGGACAAUAUCGCUUCGUGGAGCCUUCGUUAUUACGGGAGGUUGAUCGAGAGCUAAAUCUGAAUCGCAACGAACACCCCCAGCUUCCGUUCGUUGGCGCAGAUGAGGAAAAAGGCGGUCACGAAGAGGAUGUAUCGCCAGGAGGAGACUAUGUCAAGCUUUUGCUAUGGGCCAAACCAUUUUCACCAAACUUCCGGGAAAACUGGGAGCUCUACAGAAGCGAAUACUGGGAGAGAGAAAACGAACGGCGAGCUUUACUGAGAACAAAAUUAAAGACACGUGAUAGACAAAUGGCCAAACACCAAAACGGUUGGCUAUGGUGGCUACCAGGACGGCCGAAGGUGGAAGAGAAGGCCCAAGUUCAUGGGUUUAGCACAGGGGAAAUGGAAAAGCCAGGUCAUAGUCGGCCUCUUAGCAUCGGGAAGGAGAACAAGCGCACUAGGAGUGGUAGUUUUCGGCGAAGUAGUAAUUCGGGCGGAUCGUCACGAAGUCCAACGCCUCCAGUAGAUGCUGAAGAAGGUAGUCACAGCCGAAGAGGUAGCAUGACCUCGAACACUCCAGGGGGAAGACGAAAAAAACAUCUCACCACGGGAUCUAGGUCAAAGAGGCCAGGGGUCGAGUCACGAUCUGUGACACCAGAAUUUCCAUCGCCACUUGCUAGAGAGAGCAGUGUUGGUAGUAACGAGGCUUCAUAAUGACUGCCUACCUACUACUGGUAGGGAACCGGUUAGGUCAGGUGGUUUAUUAGUCAUCUUUUGAUAGAUUUAAUCUACACAACCGAUAACUAUUCUUUGACAUGAAAUUCUUGGAGUUGUCAAA